CGAAGCCUUUCAAAAUUUUCACUCUUUCUCCUUGUGUCGGUGUACUUCUCUUCCGGGCCACUCGUUUUAGCUUCCUCAAACGCGCUUUUGGUUGAAGAAGCUCCUCUGGGAUCUGAGUGUGGGGUGAGAGAGAGAUGGGUGAGUUUUGUCUCUGAGUUAGAUCUACGUCGCUUCAUGUGCCAGUUUGGUGUUGGGAUUGGAGGUGGGGUUGUAUUUGGAUUCUGUGUGGGUUGAAGGAGCUGGGGUAGGGGGGGUAAAUGUGCUUGGGUUUUGUUUUAUGUCAAAAUUGAACCUUACCUUUCUAUGUCUUUCCUAUUGGUGGCUUAAUUUGUAGUGGCUCUUGUCUCAGAAUGCAGCAAGAUCACAGAAAAAAGGGCUCAAUGGAGAUGGAAUUUUUCUCCGAUUAUGGCGAUGCCAACAGGUACAAAAUUCAAGAAGUCAUCGGGAAAGGCAGUUAUGGUGUUGUUUGUUCAGCUAUAGACACUCAUACUGGCGAGAAAGUAGCAAUUAAAAAGAUACAUGAUAUCUUCGAGCAUGUAUCUGAUACUGCGCGUAUUCUCCGUGAGAUAAAGUUGCUUAGACUUCUUCGACAUCCUGAUAUUGUUGAAAUUAAGCAUGUUAUGUUGCCACCUUCGAGGAGGGACUUUAAGGAUAUUUAUGUCGUUUUUGAGCUAAUGGAGUCUGAUCUGCAUCAAGUCAUUAAAGCCAAUGAUGACUUAACAAAAGAGCACUAUCAAUUUUUUCUGUACCAAUUGCUUCGAGCACUGAAGUAUAUUCACACUGCAAAUGUCUAUCAUCGAGACUUGAAGCCAAAGAAUAUAUUAGCCAAUGCAAACUGUAAACUUAAAAUAUGUGAUUUUGGCUUAGCUAGAGUUGCUUUUAGUGACACGCCAACAACUGUAUUUUGGACGGAUUAUGUUGCUACAAGGUGGUAUAGAGCACCGGAGCUCUGUGGAUCCUUUUACUCAAGGUAUACUCCAGCAAUUGAUAUUUGGAGUAUAGGUUGCAUCUUUGCUGAAGUAUUGAUAGGAAAGCCACUUUUUCCUGGAAAAAAUGUUGUGCAUCAGUUGGAUCUGAUGACAGAUCUGCUUGGUACGCCCUCGCUUGAUACGAUAUCUCGGGUACGCAAUGAUAAGGCACGGAGAUACCUGACUAGUAUGAGGAAAAAACAGCCUAUACCAUUUGCACAAAAGUUUCCUAAUGCAGAUCCUUUAGCCCUACGACUACUUGAAAAGUUACUCGCCUUUGAUCCAAAAGACCGGCCAACUGCUGAAGAGGCAUUAGCUGAUCCUUACUUCAAGGGACUUGCGAAAGUUGAGAGGGAGCCAUCGUGCCAGCCUAUUACAAAAAUGGAGUUUGAAUUCGAAAGGAGAAGAGUCACAAAGGAAGAAAUUGGAGAGUUAAUUUUUCGUGAGAUUCUAGAGUAUCAUCCUCAACUAUUGAAAGACUACAUAAAUGGAACAGAGAGAACUAAUUUUCUUUACCCAAGUGCUGUUGAUCAAUUCAAGAAGCAAUUUGCUCAUCUUGAGGAAACUGGUGGCAAAAGUAGUCCAGUUCUGCCACCUGAAAGAAAGCAUGUAUCACUUCCCAGGUCAACAAUUAUACAUUCAAAUACAGUACCCACAAAAGAGCAAUCAAAUAUUGUUUCCAGCAAAAUCAGGCAAACAGCUGAGGAAUACAGCAAUAAUUCUAGGGAUACAGAAAAUCCUGCGCCAAGGUCCAUUCAGGGUCUGCAAAAAUUUUCACAUGCAAAACCUGGUAAAGUUGUUGGGCCGGUUAUUCCAUACGAGUAUGCAAGUGUUGUCAAGGGUUCAUACGAGCCCAGGACAUUUAUGAGAGGUUCUGUUCCUCCUUCUCAACCCACUCCCCCGACGAACCAUUAUCAAAGAUUAACCUCUGGGAAACAAGAAAGGUCAGCAACAGAAGCUGAGAAGUGUGUAUCUUUACAAUCAAAACUUGCACAGCAAUGUUGUGUGAAUGGCCAAAUAGCACCAGAAAUAGCUAUAAAUAUUGAUUCCAACCCUUUUUUCAUGACACGAGCAGGAGUGAACAGGAUAGAGCAGGAUGACCGAAUAGCCAUUGAUACAAAGAUGCUGCAAACAAAAGCUCAUCAAUAUGGUGGGAUUAGUACAACUGCUCAUAGAAAGGUUGGACCAGUACAGUAUGGUAUUACAAGGUUGUUCUAGAAGAAUGUUGGCUUGUGAAUAGUUUGGCCAGAUGGAGCAAUCCUUGUCGAGCACAAGAGAAGUUUCUUUAUAGUGGAGAAGUAGUAGUAAUCUCUGGUGGUGCUUUGUGUAAGAUGAUUGAAUUAGUGCAACUUCCCCAGAAAGAACCAGCUUUCUCUUGUCAAACCUUGUAAACAUUGGUUUCAGUUAUCAAUAAACUGAACAAUUGAAAUUGAGUUCUAUCUUGUAA